ACCACCCCACAAGCCAUGUCCCCUUCUCUCUCCAUCAGCCGCACUCUCUCUCCUCCCUCCUUCCCUCCCCGCAUCGCCUGCUCCGCCGCCCCUCCUCCUUCUUCUUCUUCUUCUUCUUCUUCUUCUUCUUGCUCUGUCCCUCCCGCGAGGCGGCCCCGCCCCCUCUCUUGCUCUUCCCGAUCCGGACCCAUUUGCCUGUUCGCUCGGCCCGCGUGGUGCAGAGGCUCGGUGGGCAGCAGCGGCGGCAGCAGGAGCAGGAGGAGGAGGAGGAGGGAGGUUCUUGUCAAAAUGACCAUCAGCGAGCUCAGGAAGGAGGAGGAGGAGGAGGAAGAGGCUCCCCCUCUUUUGCUCGAUGCCGAGAACAGCUCGAGGCCUCGUCGGAUUGCUCUCUUCGUCGAGCCUUCUCCCUUCGCCUAUGUAUCAGGCUACAAGAAUCGGUUCCAGAAUUUCAUCAAGUAUUUGCGUGAAAUGGGAGAUGAGGUGAUGGUUGUGACCACACAUGAAGGAGUACCUGAUGAAUUUUAUGGGGCUAAGUUGAUCGGAUCACGAAGCUUUCCUUGUCCGUGGUAUCAGAAGGUUCCUCUUUCCCUGGCUCUCAGUCCUAGAAUAAUUUCGGAGGUUGCAAAGUUCAAGCCUGACAUAAUCCAUGCAUCGUCACCGGGUAUAAUGGUUUUUGGUGCGCUUGCCAUUGCAAAAAUGUUAUGUGUUCCCAUAGUUAUGUCUUACCAUACUCAUGUCCCAGUUUACAUACCAAGGUACACGUUUAGUUGGCUGGUGCAACCCAUGUGGCUGAUAAUAAAAUUUCUUCACAGAGCUGCUGAUCUGACUUUGGUGCCAUCAGCUGCAUUAGGGAAGGAACUCCAAGCUUACAGAGUCACGACAGCAAACAAGAUCCGCCUUUGGAAUAAAGGUGUUGAUUCUGAAAGCUUCAACCCUCGUUUCCGUUCUCAAGAAAUGCGAUAUAGACUGAGCAAUGGUGAACCAGAGAAACCGUUGAUUGUUCAUGUUGGAAGACUUGGGGUUGAGAAGAGCUUGGAUUUUACUAAAAGCGUGAUGGACAGGCUCCCUGAUGCACGGAUUGCGUUCAUUGGUGAUGGACCCUACAGGGAGGAACUGGAAAGGAUUUUCACCGGGAUGCCUGCAGUAUUCACUGGGAUGCUACAAGGUGAAGAGCUAUCCCAGGCGUAUGCAAGUGGUGACGUAUUCUUGAUGCCUUCAGAAUCCGAGACACUUGGCCUUGUCGUUCUGGAGGCCAUGUCCUCGGGUAUUCCCGUGGUGGCGGCUCGCGCUGGAGGGGUACCGGACAUCAUCCCUCCGGAACAGGAUGGGAAAACCAGUUUCCUCUUCAAUCCCGGAGACCUAGAUGACUGCAUGAGCAAACUCCAGCCUCUUCUGCAGAACGGUGAGUUGAGAGAAACCAUUGGUAAGGCUGCUCGCGAGGAGAUGGAGAAGUACGACUGGAGAGCAGCCACGCGCAAAAUCCGCAAUGAGCAAUACAAUGCGGCCAUCUGGUUCUGGCGCAAGAAGAGGGCGCAGCUGCUCAGGCCGAUUCAGUGGCUAGCUAAACGGCUCUUCCCAUCCCCGGAAGUGACAUACAGGUGAUGGUGAUGAUGAUGAUGACCAUGAUGCCUCAGUUGUGAACGUUUGCAUUUGUGAUACUUUGAAGAGUCAUUUGAUCUGUGCCUCUUGAUGUAUCUUCUGUAGUGUCCUAUUGUUGGGGAUAUGUUCAUUUGUUGUAUAAUUGAGGGACCAUAAAGUCGUGGUCAUUUGCGACAUCGAAAUUUAUCAACAAGGAUGUCAUUUUGGUUUGCAA